AUAAAAAUAAAAAUUUACAUGCUAACUUGCACUUUGUACGGUAGCCGGAAGGCCGGAAAGAAACUGCUGGAAAAACAUGACAACGACGUCGUUUAAUCAAACAUACCUUACAGAAAUCCAAAACUUCGUCGGAAAAUCAAGAAAGUUAUUGUAGUCUCUUUCUUCAGUGAUUUGAUGAAAAAAGCAUCAAAAUCUGUAGUGAAAAAAUUGAGAAAAUGGGAAGAGAAAUGUGCUUUGAGUGUUUACAACGUCGAAUUCAAUCAGAUUUCUCUGACCAACUUAUUUUCUGUUGUGGUCUUUCUGAUUCUCCUCUUCCCUUUGGUUCUACUGCUGUUGUUCAGCCAUCAAGUUCAAAUGGAGAAGGGUUGCCACAGUUUCUGCUGAUGUAUAUGCCUCUUCAUAAAGAUAGUUGCUUGGCUAAUUACAUUGAUCAGCAUCAUUUGGAAGAUCUUGAUCAGCAUCAUUUGGAAGAUCUUGAAGCCAGAACGAAUAGUGGCAGUGGGUGUGCAGUCCCGGUGACAAUUGAUCAGGUUAAAGCUGAGGUCAGUGUUGGACUUUCCAGUGAUAAAACUUCUUCAUUAGAAACUAGAUCAUCUGAAAGUGAAGAUUUGCAGAAUGGUGGCAGACAUAAAUCCCUGUAUGGCUUAGGGUGUCAAAAUGUGACCUGUAACUUUUCUGGUACAUUUUCUUGCUUUAGGACACUGCCUGCCCUGGCUCCAGUUGCUCGGAUUGGGAUUUCUUCAUCUUCAUUAGUUGAAGGUAUUGUUUCAGAGUUCUUGUCUGGAUCCCUUGAAGAUCAUAUUUUAAAUUCUCUAACUCUCAUGAUAGAAGGUAAAAGAUCAGGAUUAGAGAGUGUGAACUUUCUUAGUUUAGUGGGGAUUCCUUCAUUUGGUGAAGAGCAACUUCCUGGCUGCAUAAGGCAUCCAAACAUUUCUCCAACUUUGGGAAUGCUAAAAAAUUCUGGUCAACUUAAUUUGUUGCUUCCAAAAAUGCCACAUACCUUGGAAAACAUUCUUCACUUUAGCCCUGGUGCCUUAAAGUCUGACUGGCAUAUGCGAUAUUUACUCUUCCAGCUACUAUCAGGGUUGGCGUACAUGCAUGGUUUAGGUGUUCCCCAUGGUAAUAUCUGUCCAUCCAGUAUAUCAUUGGUUGAUUCCUUAUGGUGUUGGCUACCCAUUUGUAGUAAGUUCCUCCAGAGUUCUGUUUCAAUUUCCAAAAUAGAGGGUAGUCGUGAUUCAGGAGUUAGUUGCUGUUUUGAUGGGUGCCCUUUACAAAGUCUUUAUGCUGAUCUAAGCCUCUCCCAGUCUACAGAUUGGUAUUCUAGCUUUAAACAUUGGUGGAGGGGUGAAAUAAGUAACUUUGAAUAUCUGUUAAUCUUAAACCAAUUAGCAGGGAGAAGGUGGGGUGAUAAUACCUUUUAUAUUGUAAUGCCAUGGGUCAUAGAUUUUAGUGUGAAACCUGAUGAGAAUAAUGACACUGGAUGGAGAGAUUUAACUAAGAGCAAAUGGCGGCUGGCAAAGGGUGACGAGCAAUUAGACUUCACAUAUUCAACAUCUGAAAUUCCUCAUCAUAUAUCAGAUGAGUGCCUGUCUGAGCUGGCUGUCUGCAGUUAUAAGGCGAGGAGGUUGCCUUUGACUGUUCUGAGGUUGGCUGUUCGUUCAGUUUAUGAACCAAAUGAAUAUCCUUCUACUAUGCAAAGACUAUAUCAAUGGACACCAGAUGAGUGCAUUCCGGAAUUUUAUUGUGAUCCCCAGAUAUUUUAUUCUGUACAUUCUGGGAUGUCUGAUUUGGCUAUUCCUUCAUGGGCUGGCACUCCUGAGGAGUUCGUCAAGUUGCAUAGAGAUGCUUUAGAAAGCGAUAGGGUAUCACACCAACUACAUCAUUGGAUUGAUAUCACUUUUGGCUACAAAUUGUGCGGUGAUGCUGCUGUUGCUGCCAAAAAUGUUAUGCUGCCCUCAUCUGCUCCUACAAAACCGAAGUCAGUGGGACGCCGUCAACUUUUCACUAAACCACAUCAUCGGCGGCUUGCCAAGACCAGUGAAGCAGAAAUGAAUCAGCUCCCAACAAGUGAUGUGACUGAGCAAGCUUUGGCUUUUGAAACUUCAUUCCUGCAUGAAUUGGAAGCAGCAGCUGCAUUUUCUGAGCAUGCACCUCAUUUGGAUCCUAUCUACAACUUGCAUCCAGAUGUUCAUGAAGAGCUUGACUCACCUAGGAAAGGCCUAUCAACUAAGACAUUAGAAAAUAUUACGUCCAGAAAAACUGGCUCUAGUAUCAAUACUGUCAUGCCAUCUGUUGUUGAUGGGAAUUACCUUAUCAAGAAUAUUGAAGUGGUUGAUGAUGUAUCUGCGGGAUAUCAAGCACUAUUGCUUUGGAAACAGAAAUGUUCCCAUUCACACAUUUAUUCUAAAGAUGUUGCUAAUGAUAUCUUUGCAGUUGGCUGCAUCUUAGCAGAACUCCACUUGAGAAGGCCACUUUUUGAUCCAACCUCUUUGGAUGCGUACUUAGAGAGCGGUGUCUUACCUGCUUUAGUAAAACAGCUUCCCCCUGACACUCAAGUUGUUGUUGAAUCCUGCAUCCAAAAGGAUUGGAGGGGGAGGCCUACUGCCAAAUGUCUUUUGGACUCUCCUUAUUUUCUAGCAACAAUCAAGUCAUCCUAUUUGUUUCUUGCCCCCCUUCAACUUAUAGCAAAAGAUGAAUCACGACUUCAUUAUGCUGCAGCUUUUGCUCAACAAGGAGCCUUGAAAGCAAUGGGAACAUUUGCUGCCGAAAUGUGUGCUCCUAACUGUUUGAAAUUAGUCUUGAAUCCUUUAUCAGAUUCGGAAGCUGAAUGGGGUUGCAUAGUACUUACAGAAUUUUUGAGGUGUCUGAAUCCAGAAGCUGUAAAGAAGUUGGUCAUACCUGCUAUCCAGAAGAUUCUUCAGGGGACUGGUCCUUCACAUUUGAAGGUUUCUCUUCUCCAAGGUUCCUUUGUGCUGGAUAUAUGGAACAAGAUUGGUAAACAAGCGUAUGUGGAGACUAUACACCCAUUUGUGGUAUUAAACUUACACGGUACUCCUUGCAAGAACUCUGCGGCUCCUGCUUCUGUCCUGUUGAUUGGGUCUAGUGAGGAACUUGGUAUUCCAAUUACUGUUCAUCAGACAAUUUUACCUCUCCUUCACUGCUUUGGCAAGGGGCUCAGUGAUGAUGGAAUUGAUGUCUUAGUUAGAAUUGGUAGUCUUUUUGGAGAAGAUUUCAUAGUCAAACAGAUUCUACCAUUGCUAAGAAUUGUCAUUCUUUCGUGCAUUGACAAUUCAUUUGCAAAUAAGCAUGAAACUGCACAAAGUUGGAGUGCUUUGGCCUUAAUUGACACUCUGAUGACUUUAGAUGGUCUUACUGCUUUUUUGACCAGGGAGGUGCUUGUUAAGGAGCUUGUUGAAGAUGGAAAAUUCUUAUAUCUUCAAAUUCUCAUGCAGACCAACUUGGGAAUUCAGGUGGUCGAGGGUGCUGCAAGAAGUCUGCUAGCUCUUUGUCAGCAAAUUGGAUCAGAUUUAACAGCGCUGCACGUCCUUCCAAAACUCAGGCAACUUUUUGAUGAGCUUGCAUUCUCCCAGGAGAAAGCAGGUCAUUCUAGCAUCAAAGGAGGAAGCCUUCGAGGUCCCAACACCAAGUGGGAGGAUGAGAACAAAAUUACAAGCCGUUUGGACCUUGUGAUGCUUUUAUAUCCAUCAUUUGCGUCUCUUCUUGGUAUAGAGAAGCUUCGCCAAUGUUGUGCCACAUGGUUGCUACUAGAGCAGUUUCUUCUGCGCCGUUAUAACUGGAAGUGGGAAUCCGCAGGGGAAUCUUCUCGAAGUGGUCCAUCUAGUAUAUAUGCUAGAAAGCCGAGUCAUGGCGAGAGCUUAACAUCUAACUGUACUCCAGAUAAGAUGUUGCUGAAUGGGUUAGGGUGGUCAACGCCUCAAUCACAAGGAAAAAGGGGUACCAAACCUCCUAUGAUAAACAGACAUCCGUCUAGCCAACAUCAGGAUUCUGCUGAUAGGAAUGCAAGAGGCUCAGAUUUUAGCAGGAUUGAGCCCUGGUAUUGGUUCCCCAGUCCAGCUGCUAAUUGGAGUGGCCCUGAUUUUAUUGGCCGUCCUGGUGGUUCAAAGGAUGAACUUCCAUGGAAAAUCAAAGCAUCAGUUCUGCACUCUGUUCGAGCACAUCAAGGAGUGCUAAGGUCUAUAGCAGUCUGCCAAGAUGAAUGCAAUCUUUUCACUGCUGGAGUUGCUCCAGGAUUCAAAGGAACUGUUCAAAAGUGGGAGUUGUCAAGAAUUGUUUCUAUAUCUGGUUAUUAUGGCCAUGAGGAGGUUGUGAAUGACAUUUCUCUUUUGGCAUCAAGUGGAAGGGUAGCUUCCUGUGAUGGGACAGUACAUGUAUGGAAUGGCCAAACGGGGAAGCUGAUAUCUGUGUUUGCAGAGUUUUCUACAAGCUCUGUGCAUCAUACAAGCUCUUUGCCAAAAGCUUCAAAGUUGAAUGUGGAACAGGCUAAUAUGCUACAUUUUAAUCCAUUGUCAGGUGGAAUAUUGAACACUGAUGGUAAUUUGUACACCAGUAUGUAUUACUCAGAAUAUCUGGACAAUAUUGUUGUGGGUACUGGAAAUGGCUCUCUCAGAUUCAUUGAUGUCAGACAAGGUCAAAAACUUCAUUUAUGGAGGUGUGAAGCUACCGAAUCCAAUUUUCCUUCACUGAUUUCAUCCAUAUGUUCAUGUGCUUCGACUAAACAGCAAUACGGAAAUCCUCAAUAUCCAUCUUGGGUUGCUGUUGGGCAAAGUUCUGGGUAUUGCAGGCUAUUUGAUGUGAGGAGUGGCAAAAUUAUUUCCUCAUGGCAAGCUCAUGAUGGUUUUGUCACUAAGAUAGCCACACCGGAAGAGCAUUUGCUGGUUUCAAGCUCUCUUGACCGCACCUUAAGGAUUUGGGACUUGAGAAGAAAUUGGAAAUCAAAACCCUUGGCUUCCAGAGGUCACACUGAUGGUGUUUCUGAUUUCUCCAUUUGGGGGCAAAAUGUGAUUUCAAUUUUCCGCAGUAAAAUUGGGCUUUCUUCUUUGGCCAGUUCUUCUGAUGAAGACAUCCAGCAAUUCGUCACGCCUCAGUAUCUCUACAUGGGUGAUCGUGAAUCAAAAAACGCGUCUGUUUUAUCAAGUAUCAAUGUCUUACCUUUCUCGCGGCUCUUUGUGGUUGGAACAGAAGAUGGUCAUUUGAAGAUGUGUUGCUAGCUUGGUGUUUGCCAUGAAAAAUCACAUUAUUUCUAUUGUUCCAAAACCCCUUUACUUUUAGUAGUUAUCUAACAUUUGAACUGUUCAAUUACAGCUCUUUGCCUUCCAACUUUCCUAAUUUAUUUUGUAUUGGUUAUUUUCAGUUAAGUUGGUUGUUAUCAAUUUGAAAAUUCUUAAUGAAAUUAUUUUUCCUAUA